AUGCCCCAUGGUGUUAUUGUGGACUUUGUUACUGGUGGCUCACGGGCUUUCGUCGACUACAGCUUGACUCAAGGUGCUGGAGGAAAUGAGAAUAUUGUUCUUCUCGACAACGGAACUUUCAUAGCUAAAGACGCGUAUUAUACAUUUGGGCAAGUAACUCGUUAUGUGAGGAAAGGAUCAUAUGUUCUUUCAUCUGUUGAAGUAGUGAAUCCUGGAAAACCCGCAGAUGGUAUACACCCGGCAGGGGUAGAGGCUAUGGCUACUAUCAAUCCUGAUAGAACUGAAGUCGUUAUUCUUAUAAUACGUGAUGAGGAAGACAAGGAGCAUGCGUCUACGUUUGAUAUCGAUGUUGAACUUGGUGACGGUCAGCAUGUUACAGUUACCCUUGAGAAUGUUGAGAACCUCAGUGUUUCAACACUCGUUGUAAAGGGUAGAUUUUGA